AUGACCAAAACUGUAGUCGUCUUGGGCGGGAGCUUGGGUGGUAUGGCGGUCACCCAUCAACUUCUCAAGUACACGCGGCUUCGUCAGGAAGACCUCAAAGUCAUACUUGUCUCCAAGAACAGCCAUUUCUUCUGGAACCUGGCUUCCGUUAGAGCCAUCAUCACAGGUGUUAUAAAAGACGAUGAGAUCUUUGCACCUAUCCAACCCGGCCUGGACCAAUAUCCUGCUGGAAGCGCCCAUUUCAUCGUCGGCACUGCAUCAGCCGUUGACCCUGAGGCAUGCACCGUGACUGUUGAGCCGGAGACUGGGGCCAGCACGAAGCUAAAAUAUGAUCACCUUGUUAUUGCUACCGGCGCCGAGACCGUCGACCCGUCACUCCCAUGGAAAGCCUCUACCUCGCACGAAGAGCUCGUAGCCAGCCUUCAUCGUACUGCCGAUAAGGUCGAGAGAGCUACCCACGUUGUUGUCGCCGGAGCCGGAGCCACAGGCGUUGAGCUCGCGGGCGAAAUCCAAUUCGCCUACCCUUCGACCACUGUCCUUCUGAUCUCAGCCGAGGAUCAGAUUCUUGGAGGAGACCAAAUCGCCGGCCGUGCUGAAUCCGAGCUUCGUCGCCUAGGAGUUGAAAUCCGAGCCGGCCUACGUUCCGAAGAGACCACCGAACUUCCUGAUGGCAAGACGCUGGUCAAGUUAUCGAAUGGCGAAACCAUAGCGACAGAUGUGUUCCUCGCGACCAUGGGGCUGCGGCCGAAUUCGGGAUUUCUGCCCAAAGAAUGGCUCAACGAACGUGGCUACGCAGACGUGGAUGAUGAACUGCGUGUCAAAGCCGCAACUAAUGUGUGGGCAGUAGGAGAUAUCGUGUCCAAACCUCGCGCCUCUUUCUUGGUUACGGAGGCCCAGGCCGCCGGUGUCUACAAAAACAUCGAUCUUGUACUCAAGGGCAAGGAAGCACAGCCCGUAAGUGGUCCUCGCGUGGAUGCUUUCCUGUGCGCAACCGGUCGAAGUCGUGGAGCUGGAAGGUUAGGCAAAGUCUCUGUGCCAUCGCUGGCUGUGUGGACGGUCAAGGGUAGAACGUUAGGCAUUGAGCGCACGAAAAAGUACGUCAGUGGAAGUAUGUGGUGA